AUGGACUUGAUAGCGCGAGAGGGAACCCGGCUGAUGGCCACCCACGUCGCGGCAGCGGCGCACCUCUUCGCCCUUGUGGCGGCUGUUCUCCUUCUGGUGUGGACGAUCCGCUUCGGCGGAGGGAUCGCCCUCCACUCCUCCAACAAGGAACGCGUCCUCAAUGUACACCCACGGCUGUCUCUCAUUCUUCCCCGUUCCUGCACCCCUUUCACCAGCGCUUCUCUCAUUAACUCUGUGGCUUUCUCUCUCUUUCUCUCGCAGGUACACCCGGUGGUAAUGUUCAUGGGCUUCAUCUUCGUGGCAGGGGAAGGUAGGGUUCCCAUCGUCUGAAACGGGAUUCUCUUGUGCCUUCUAAUGAGAGCGUUUGGCUGCAGCGAUCAUGGCGUUCAAGAUAAUCCGGGCGCCGAAGAAGCUGCAGAAGCUGGUGCACAUGGCGCUGCAGCUGGUGGCGCUGGGCUUGGGCAGCUUCGGAGUCUACGCGGCUUUCAAGUACCACAGGGAGAGCCACAUACCAGACAUGACCAGCCUCCACUCAUGGCUGGGGAUGGCCACCAUCUGUCUCGUCGGCCUCCAGGUUUUCUUCACCAUCUCCCACAGGUUUCUCUUCGGCUCCUCCUCCUCCUCCUCCUUCCCCCUGAUCACGCCGCAUAAUUCACACGCAGUGGAUCUUUGGGUUCCUCCUCUUCUGGUUCCCCGGCGCGCCGCGGCCAGCGAGGGCGGCGGCGGCGCCGCUUCACGCGUGCACCGGCGUGGCCCUCUUCCUCAUGACGAUCUGCACCGCCGAGACGGGGCUCGCCCAGCGGGCGGCGGAGCCCGGCAUGGAGUCCCGCCUGCUCAACUUCGCCGGCCUGUUCAUCCUCCUCUUCGGAGUCGUCGUCUCUCUCUCCGUCGCCCUUCCCCGCCUCACCGUGCACAGUUAG